AUGGCAUCGUCGCCCUGGCAGCGCGCCGCGUGGCCAUCUAGUGGCGCUGGGCCUAGCCGGCACGCCAACACGUUGGGAGAGAGAGGGAGAAGGAGGGGGAGAGAGGAAGGGAAGGCGGGGGCGAACGCGGCGGAGGUGAUGUCCGCGGUACCAUUGAAAGUUUUCAAAGGAGACACUGUGUUUAUGAAAGUUGCUCAUUCACUGGGGAUGAAACCUUGUACUCUUAAUGAGGUAUAUAUUUAUAUUAUCACAAGGAAUUCAGACAUGGCAGAUGCCCUAUUUGUAGUUCUUAGGAAACUUGCUGAUUCCCUGGGAGAACGGGCACUAGAGAGGAUUAGCACAGAGCUGGUUGAAGCAGCACCAGUUUUGACAGAUUAUGAGCAUAGCAUGAAGCAAAUCGAGGCCGAACUAUUGAUUCUGCAGGCUUUUAUUGCUCAGGCUGGGGCAAAAGUCGGUGAUAAGGCAUUCGAUGCCUGGCUGGACCAAGUGAGAGAUGUUGCCCAUGAGGUAGAAGACACCAUUGAUGAGUAUGCUUACCUUGCGGUUCAAGCCGUGGAUACUGGCAGCUUCUUUAAGAGGAAGUUCCGUCAGAUAAAAAAGUUCGCAGCAUGGCAGAAGUUUCAUAGCCAGAUCAGUCAAGUAGAAGCUCGAAUUCAGAGGCUAGGCGAAAUUAGGAAUCGAUAUGGCAUCUUGGCAGGUGAAAUAGACAGGAGUAACAAAUUGAGGAAACCCAGUCAGCUCUUUAUGUCAUAUUCUUCUUACUUAACUGAUAGCUCUGAAAUAGUGGGGUAUGUUGAUGAAAUUGGAAGAUUGACACAAUGGUUACUUGAGGACAAACAAGAGCGAACUCUCAUUGCCAUCUUUGGUAUGGGAGGUUUAGGAAAAACUACUAUUGCAAGCAGUGUGUACAAGAAUCAGAAUAUCACAAGAACUUUCAACUCUCACGCAUGGAUUACUGUAUCUCAGACUUAUCAAGUUGAAGAACUACUAAGAGAAAUCAUAAAUCAGCUAAUAGAUCAGAGAGCAAGCAUGGCAAGUGGUUUCAUGACCAUGAACCGCAUGAGACUAGUUGAGGCAAUACAAAGCUAUUUGCUAGACAAAAAAUAUUUCAUUGUCUUGGAUGAUGUAUGGGAUAAAGAUGCAUGGUUAUUUCUAAACUAUGCGUUUGCCAGAAACAACUGUGGAAGCAAAGUGCUGAUAACUACUCGGAGAAAGGACGUAUCUUGUUUGGCAGUAGAUCACUAUACGAUUGAACUUAAAACUCUUCAAUAUGCUGAAUCCUGGGAGCUUUUCUGUAAAAAGGCAUUUCGUGCAUCAAAAGAUAGCCAAUGUCCUGAAAACCUUAGGUUUUUUGCAGAGAAAAUUGUUGCUAGGUGUCAGGGAUUGCCACUGGCUAUUGUAACCAUUGGAAGUACUCUAUCAUACCGUGAAUUCGAGGAGCAGGGGUGGGAAUCUUUCCACAGCCAACUUAGCUGGCAAUUAGCUAACAAUCCAGAACUGAAUUGGAUUUCUAAUGUUCUGAAUAUGAGCUUGAAUGAUCUCCCAAGUUAUCUGAGGAGCUGCUUUCUGUACUGCAGUCUCUAUCCUGAAGAUUACAAGAUUAAAAGAAAAGUGAUUUCCAAGCUAUGGAUAGCAGAAGGUUUAGUGGAAGAUAGAGAAGAUGGAACAACAAUGGAGGAGGUUGCCAGUUAUUACCUUGUGGAGCUCACUCAGCGUUGUCUUCUUCGAGUCACAGAAAGUAAUGCAUAUGGAAGGCCUAGAACAUUUGUUAUGCAUGAUCUUGUGCGAGAAGCAACCUCCAUCAUUGCGAAAAAGGAGAAGUUUGGUAUUGCAUAUGGCGAUGCUAGUACAACCCAAGUUCCCCAUGAAGUCCGACGCUUAUGCGUACAAAGAGGUGCCCAGACCAUGAAUUCUAUAGCUAGUUCACGGCUCCGCUCAUUUAUUUUGUUUGACACUGAAGUACCAUGCUCUUGGAUAGAUGAUAUUUUAUCACGUUUCAGACUCCUGAGGGUCCUAUGCCUAAGAUUUGCAAAUAUUGGACAAGUGCCUGGCAUGGUCACCGAAUUGUAUAACUUGCGCUAUAUUGAUUUUUCAAACACAAAAGUGAAGAUAAUACCAGCAUCAUUCGGUAAACUAGUUAACCUACAAGUUUUGGAUCUCAGAUUCACCUACGUAGAGGAGUUGCCACUGGAAAUAACUAUGUUAACUAAUUUACGGCAUUUACAGGUGUUUGCAGUGCAUGAUCUUCUACAAAGAUCAUUGGAUUGCUUUAGUGCUACAAAAAUUCCUGGUAACAUUUGCCUUCUAAAGAAUCUGCAAGCUUUACAAAUUGUUUCAGCCAGUAAAGAUUUAGUUUCACAACUGGGUAACUUGACGCUGUUGAGAAGUUUGGCUAUAAUGAAAGUGCGUCAAAGCUACAUUGCAGAGUUAUGGAGCUCCCUGACGAAGAUGCCUAACUUCAGCAGGUUGCUUAUUUCCGCAAUUGAUAUGGAUGAGAUUCUUGACUUGAAAAUGCUCAAGCCCUUACCCAAUCUGAAGUUUCUCUGGCUUGCUGGAAAGUUGGAUGCAGGUGUUCUUCCAUCAAUGUUUUCCAAGUUUGAGAAAUUAGCAUGGUUAAAGAUGGACUGGUCUGGUCUUAAGAAGGAUCCUAUUAUCUCCUUCUCUCACAUGUUAAACCUAGUUGAUUUGAGGCUCUAUGGGACAUAUAGCGGGGAACAGCUGACCUUUUGUGCAGGGUGGUUCCCUAAGCUUAUUCGUCUGGAAUUAGGUGACAUGGAACAUCUGGAUUGGAUUGAGAUAGAGGACGGGACAAUGAUAGGCCUACAUCAUCUGGAACUUGUUGGGCUAGGGAAUGUAAAGGCAGUACCUGCGGGCAUCCAGUACCUUAGGACACUCCACCAAAUGUUUCUGACAGAUAUGUCAAAGGGAUUCAUACAAAGACUGCAAGGAAGUGACAAUUACAUUGUCCAACAUAUACCUAACAUCCAUAUUUUUUACUCCUCUGAUUCUCAAGCAGUAAAUAACCUCCAUCUUGUGCCGUGGCUUGUGAAGAAGUACGGUCCUGGUGCAGCUAAGCAUGCCCCCACGUACUGGGACUCAUCUGGCACAUGA